GCUGACGGCUGUGUUUUCAUGGCCAGUUCUUGAGCUGAGCUUUCAGAUCACAUUUGGCUGAAAAAAUAUCAGCUAUGUCCUCUCUAUAUUCAUACACCUGGGACACUUUCCUUUACCUCCUGCAUUCAGCCUCCAAUAUGUCAGCUCUAAAAGGAAAAACAAAGAAUUCACCAGAAGACGCGAUGCCGGGAGACACAAAACAUGGCCAUUCCUCUGGCCCAGCGGGCGGCGGGGUGCUGGAGGAAGAAGAAUUCGAAAUCCUUCUCCCAGAGAAUCCUGAAGAAGGGCUGUCUCAAGAUGCUACACAAGACUGGUUAGGAGGGCUGAGGGAGGAUGCAGGGACCCCGCAGAGGCUGAGGCUCAUCCUGGUGGGAAAACCCGGAAGCGGGAAAAGCGCGACAGGAAACAGCAUCCUCGGCCAGAAAGUGUUCGAGUCCAAGGUCAGCGCUAGACCGGUGACCACGGCCUUCCAGCGGGGGUGCCGAGCGUGGGCGGGGAAGGAGCUCGAGGUCAUCGACACCCCCGACAUCCUGUGCCCUCGGGCGGCGCUGCAAGGGACCGCUCAGGGCAUCUGCGAAGCCAUCGCCUUCUUGCUGCGGCCCCACGCGGUGCUCCUGGUGACCCAGCUGGGCCGGUUCACCGAGGAGGAUCAGCAGGCGGCCAGGCGCCUCCAGGAGGUCUUCGGGGAGGGCAUCCUGGCCCGCACCGUCCUGGUGUUCACGCGGAAGGAAGACCUGGACGGCGGCUCCCUGGAAGAGUACCUGCGAGGGACCAACAACCGGGAGCUGGCCAAGCUGGAUGUCCUCUGUGAGCGGCGACACUGUGGCUUCAACAACAAGGUGCAGGGGGCAGAGCAGGAGGCCCAGCUGAAGGAGCUCAUGGCACAAAUCGAAUGCGUCCUGUGGGAACACGAAGGCCGUUCCUACAGCAACCAGGCUCACCGUUACUCCCUGCACAACCUUCUGCUCCAGCAGGAGGGAGAGGGGCAGGUCCUCCAAGGCCAGGGCUCCGCGAAAGGGCCCAGCGAGGAGUCCUGGCUGCAGGGACUGUGCCAAAUCCAGAGGGAAUCUGAGCACACUCACAGGCAGCUGCUGGAGAGGGCGCCCAUCUGAGAUGCGCUGGGUUUCAGCAAGCCACUGCUGCUUCCUCCAGCCUAGCUCAGCCCCUGAGUCUGGCUUCCAGCCCCUCACUCGCUCUCCCCAUCGCAGGGGUCACUGGCGCUCCCAGGCUCCAGGGCAGCGUCUGGUGUGGCGAGCGGUGUGUGGGCUCCCGAGUUCCCAGGUCCUUCAUCACACCUUCCAGAACACGCGGGCCUUCGCUGCUCUGUGAGCCUCCAUCCUCACUUCUCAUUUGCAUUGUGUUCCUGCAAAAGAACACUGAUAGAACCAAAGCUUCCUGAGGGCAGGCCCGUGCCCCAUUUGUCUAUGUAACCCGCACAGCAUCCUCGCCACUGGAGUCCCUGCUUAAACUUUUUUUUGUUUUGUUUUGUUUUAGAACUUUU